UGUACUCUUCUGCGUUACCACCCGUGUUGUACUUGCUGUGUAUAUUGCUGUGUAUCGAUAUCUCACCGUACUUAUCUGGACGUCACAAGAAGCGGGGAAGCUUUUCUAUUUGGGUUCCCUUGGUUAUCACAGCACUUGCAAGCGCUAGCGCUCGAACGACCCUCGACUUUCAUCGCUCAUUCUCGUCCAUUUCACCCUCGAUAUCGGAGAAGGCUUGUAGAGAAUUCAUAGGAUAGGUUGAGGCGCGCAUAGGACCUGUCUGGAGUGAUCACGAUCUGUGUAGAAAGUUCAGGAAACGGAACAGUCGAACAAGGCCUCAUACCCUUUCCUCUGAAGGACCCAGUUCCGAAUCUUAACCACCGCUUCACCGACACUUCAAGACCAUACCCCCACCAUCACACGAUCUAUCGCAUACUCAAUCAUGUCAGACGACCGAUACCUUCAAAGUGCCUUAUACCAAAUCCAAGAGACUCCGACGUACACAGCACCGACACGCAAAACAGAGGAGCCCGAGUUCAUCGAGCGUCAAGUCAAGUCGGUGCCUAUGCCUGCAGCGUUCGUACCCACCGACGACCAGUUGUUCAUGAACGAUGCGCACGGCCGACGACGACCGAAUCCUGACUUCCUCCGCGAACAUUUCUUGAGGGAGGGGAGGUUGACGAUCGAGCAGGCAUUGACUAUAUUGAGGCAAACGACGGACCUGCUUGCAUCAGAGCCCAAUAUAUUGCACGUUCGGAGUCCAGUUACUGUGGUGGGUGAUAUCCAUGGACAGUAUUAUGACCUCAUGAAGAUAUUCGAAAUCGGAGGUGAUCUAUCGGACACGAACUAUCUCUUCUUGGGAGACUAUGUUGACCGGGGGUGUUUCGGAAUCGAGUGCUUACUCUACCUGUACACCCUCAAACUCUGGCAUCCCGAUCGUCUAUUUCUUCUACGCGGAAACCACGAAUGCAGACAUCUAACAGAAUACUUCACCUUCCGACGAGAAUGUCUUCACAAGUACUCACAGCCAGUCUAUGACGCCUGCAUCGAGUCAUUCUGCGCGCUUCCUAUCGUCGGCCUCCUCGACGGCAAGUUCUUCUGCGUACAUGGCGGGAUAUCGCCGGAGUUGAAUACAUUGGAAGAUAUCCGACGGAUGAACCGCUUCGAAGAACCCAAAUCUUUUGGCCUCCUUUGUGAUCUCCUCUGGGCAGACCCAAUACCUCAAUUCGGUAACGAACACGAGCCUGCCGCCGCCAUCGCGCGUGGUCAGCCGCCAUUAGCGCCAGGACAACUGUGGGAGCAUAACGGAGUCAGGGGAUGCUCAUAUUUCUUCACGUACGAGGCCGUGAUCAAGUUUUUGGAGAGGAAUGAACUGCUGGGCGUUAUUCGAGGGCAUGAAGCGCAGGAUGCUGGCUACACUAUGUUCCGCAAGACCCCCACCAAAAAGUUCCCCUCUGUCAUCACCGUCUUCUCCGCCCCAAACUACCUCGACGUCUACCACAACCGUGGCGCCAUCCUCAAAUACGCGAACAAGAACAUCACGAUAAGGCAGUACCACGCUCGACCACAUCCCUACUGGUUGCCAAAUUUCAUGGACGCGUUUACGUGGAGUUUACCGUUCGUCGGCGCGAAGAUCAUCGAGAUGCUCCUAGCCAUAUUGAGCAUCUGCUCGCACGAAGAGCUCGAAGACUCCGACUCCUCUGACGAGCCCGAUGCUGAAGCCCGCACACUCCCCGACUUUUCUUCGUUAUCCGCCGCUGCCGCACAAGAUCUUGCCGGGAGAAGACAGCAGAUCAAGAAUAAGAUUUUGGUGGUGGGCAAGAUGCAGAGGUUGUUCCAGUUGUUGCGGGAGGAAUCCGAGAACGCAUCGGAACUUACACCGGACAGUGCGGGGCUAGGGGCUUCGGACGUUGGGUCGAGGAUCGGCGCGGAUGCGUUGGGUGUACAGGGUAAUCAGAUUCGGAGAUACAUCAGGAGUUUCGACGAGGCCCGCAAACUCGACAUCGCAAACGAACGACUCCCCCAAUUCGACUACGCCCCCACCUCCUUCCCACUCGUCCCCGUUCCCUCCAUGCGUCAACCUCUCCAAGCCCAACUCGCCCGUUCAUGGCACGGUUCUGGAUCUUCCACGCCUACGUCGCCUAAUGAUGAUGACGUCGAUUCUGGGGAAGGUGGGUUUAGCGAUGGUGGGAUGGGUGGGGUAGGAAGACCGCCAGGCGCGUGGCCUCAGCCUCUUGGGAUGGAGGCACUGAUUCGGAGGACGUUGGAGGAGGAUGAGGGGGAUGGCGGUGUUGUGGAGAGGUUGGCGGAGAGGAUUGCGAGUGGGAGGAAGCCGACGGGGAGGCCAAGACCUUUGAAGAGACAUGAGACUACAUGAGCAAUGAGAAUGUAGGUGAGGAUGGGUGAUGAGUAGCGCGAGGGGUGAAUUCUGGUGAGGAUUGGACAAGGAAAUAGAGGAGGAGAGGGAUUAUUUCUGCUGACUAUGGUUGGACUCGGCGCAACUUUGUUGGUUGCUUGGAUUAUCAUUCGCUUGGUUUCGUUUCGUUCAUGCUCGAGUUGUUGACGAGAUGCGGUAUUGUACUUGUUCCAGUGAGAGUGUGUUAUCUAAUGUACGUCUUGUGCUGUGUAGUGUGGUGGAUUUCGCUGCUGUGUCGCUGUAUGAUGUAUUUCAUUCUUGAUCAUAUCAUUAGUGAGACUG